UUUUUAUUUUUUUGGGUACGGUAUACAUUUUUCAGGAUCUGAACGUUUAUAAUAAAGCAGAAAAAACAGCCUAAAAAACAUGCAUGGUUGACAACAACUCCAUCAAAUCUCACUAUUCCCUCUAUAUAAACAAGUACUAUUCCUUCAUCUCCAUUGUACCAAACUGAUUAAAGAACAACUUGAUUUUGUGUAACAAGUUGAAAAUGGGAAAUAUAAGGACAUUGUUGCCUCUAGUGCUAGUACUUUUCUCCGCGCUGGUUGCCUCUGUUUGUGGCUAUGAAUAUGAAGGGAGAAAGAGUGAGCAAAGGACACAAGGAGAAAAAUGGUUCUUGUUACGUCAGUUACAUAAUGUUGUGCAAACUGAUGCAGGGUCUAUGAGAAUGGUGAAGGGUGGAUAUCGAGCGGGUUCUUUUCUACAUAGUCCAAUGCAUAUUGGUUUCAUCUCCAUGGAACCAAAUAGCCUUUUCAUCCCUCAGUACCUUGAUUCCGACCUUGUCCUCUUUGUUCACCAUGGGGAAGCAAGAGUUGGACACAUUUAUAGGGAUGAGUUAGCAGAAAAGAGUUUAAAGCAGGGAGACAUCUACACGAUUCCUGCUGGAUCAGCUUUCUAUUUGGAGAAUAGAAAUGAAAAUCAGAGACUUCGAAUAAUUUGUAGUAUUGAUAUUACCUCAGAAUCCAUGGGAUGGCAUGCUUUCCAGUCUUUCUUCAUUGGUGGAGGAACUCAUCCUGCAUCCGUUCUUGCUGGAUUCGAUCAUACCACAUUAUCAACUGCUCUUAAUGUCUCAACAGAAGAGUUAAAGACGUUCUUGACCAGGCAAACUUCGGGUCCAAUCGUGCAUCUAUCUGGUUCUCAUCACACAAAUACGUGGUCCGAGUUCUUGGCCCAAGAACCCCACCAUAAACUAGCUCACUUGAAGAGGAUUGUGAAUUUCGAGGAAGAAGCUAACUCCAAACAGGAGGAAUCAACAUGGUCAUUGAGGAAAAUUCUUUUCACUUUAUUAAACAGAGAAGACAUUGUUAACAGAGUAGGUCACAGAGCUCCAUCAGCGUGCAGUCUCUACAACAGGAAUACCGAUUUCAAGAACGAGUAUGGAUGGACCAAGAAGUUGGACGAGUCUGAUUAUUCUCCUCUAAAACAAUCUGGCCAUGGAGUUUAUAUCGUCAAUCUAUCUCCGGGAUCCAUGAUGGCACCUCAUGUUAACCCAACAGCCAUAGAGUAUGGAGUAGUGUUGAAAGGGACUGGUAGGAUUCAAAUUGUGUAUCCGAAUGGGACUUUAGCCAUGAAUGCAAGAGUACGAGAAGGGGAUGUUUUUUGGGUGCCGAGGUACUUCCCGUUCUGCCAAAUUGCCUCAACAAAUGGCCCAUUUGAGUUCUUCGGCUUCACUACAUCAGCAAGGAGGAACCAUCCACAGUUCUUGGUGGGUAGGAACUCAUUAAUACAGCGCUUGAGAGGGCCAGAAUUUGCAGCUGCAUUUGGAAUUGGUGAGAAAAGGCUUAAAAGGAUUACUAAUGCUCAGCAUGAACAAAUCAUUUUGCCAUCAUCAUCAUCUACUCCUGGUGACAUGGUCUAGUUGAGUUAUGACACGAAAGCUUGAAGCCAGUUUUGGAACUUAGUUUUUUUGUUUCCUCUUGUCUGUUUUUUCUUUCAUGCGAUCUGCUUUUGUUUCCUCGGUAGUCAUGUUGAACACAAGACAUAUUGCCCUUUUGAGUUAUGAAUAAGACGGAUCGGCUUUUUGACAUGA